UCCUCCAGCUGCAGCAGCUCUUUGCUUUCUCCCAGUUGUUAGUUUCACUUUCGGCUUCCGGGAAAGCGGCUGUUUCUGCGAAGCGCCCGCGGUCGAAGGUGCUUUCCAGAGCCGGGCGGGAGAUGCGCCAAGACCUGCCUUCCAGCCCCCGCGAUUUCCCCGCCCUCAGCUCAGUUGAAGCCGGCUCCUGGACGCGGAGGAACCUUCCUGCUCUCCUAAAGCCCCUUCUCGGGAUCCCUCCCGCGCGAAGAUCGCGGCCGGCUGCUUUCUCCCACCGGUUCCGCGCCGCCUCUUCUCUGCAAACGGGAGAAAGCGCCCCAGACUCUGCGAGAAGCUCCUCCGACGCCGGAUUUCUUCCCGCACAAAAGCACUGCUCCAGCGAUGCUCUUUUGCCCCGUCUUAAGAACCGGCGCGAUGAAUCCGGGCUUGUGGUCCUCGGUCGCCCUAGGGAUGCUGCUGGACUUCCUGGCCCUCCACCUGGCUUGGAAAUGGACCCCCUCGCCCUGGGAGAACCCUCUGGCUUUCCUCUGGGUUGUCGCCGGGACGCGCUGUGUGUCGCUGGUUCUCGCAGGGGGUACCCUCGUCCGGUCUGGAGGGGAGAAGCUUCCUUGGAGGCUGCUUUUGGAAGGGGCCUUGGUCCUCUCCUUCCAGAUGCCCAGCUACGUCAGCCUGCAGUACCUCUAUGAGCCCAAAGGGGACGCCCUGCAUCUGGCUUCCAACUGGGGCAGGAGCGACGUCCUUGCCCUCAACUACCUGGUGGCGGGGGCGGUGAUGCUGCUGUGCCAUCACCUCCUCCCUUGGGGGGACACAGGAUCGGAAAAGGCAUCCAGCGCUUCCUUCAGGCGCCUCGUCUCCUGCCUGAGGCCGGAGGCGCUGCGGUUUGUGGCCAUGGUGGUGCUUAUGGUGUUCUCAUGCAUGGGGGAGAUGGCAAUCCCACAUUAUACCGGAAAGGUGACAGACUUGCUCAUCAACAAGGAGGAAGCCUCGGCCUUCAAGAAUGCUCUGUAUAUGAUGUCUUGUUAUACUUUGGCGAGUGCGACAACAGAGCUUCUCUGCGACUUCCUGUAUAAUACGGUUAUGAACAGAUUUCACACCCGCUUCCAGGCCUCUGUCUUCAGGUCCGUUGUGCGCCAGGAGAUUGGCUUCUUCAGCACUAAUCGAACAGGUGACAUCACUUCCCACAUCUCAUCCGGCAUCGAUUCCAUGAGCGAAGCCCUCUCACACGAUCUGAGCCUCCUGAUGUGGUACGUGCUCCGGGGUAUCUGCUACUAUGCCAUGAUGCUGUGGAUCUCUGUGCCUUUGGCCUUAUUCAUCAUUGUGACCCUGCCCUUUAUCCUGCUGUUGCCGAAGCUCUCGGGGAAGUUCUACCAGAGGUUGGCCACGUGCGUCCAGAAAUCCUUAGCCAGAGCCAACGAAGUUGCAAUGGAGACCUUCCAAGCCAUCUCCACCGUCCGCAGCUUUGCCAACGAGGAUGGGGCUGCUCAGUGUUACGAAAAGAAGUUGCAAGAGACCUACAAACUCAACAAGGUGGAGGCCGUGGCCUACGGGGUCUCCGUAUGGAUUCCUGAGAUCUUACAACUGGCACUCAAAGUGGGGAUUCUCUACUAUGGGGGACACCUGGUCACUCAAGGGAAGUUGACUAGCGGAGCUCUCGUUACCUUUGUCCUGCAGGAGGGUGAGCUUUCCACAGUGGUGCGGGUCCUCCUUUCAUGCUACCCUUCCGUGCAAAAGGCCGUAGGUUCAUCGGAAAAGGCUUUUGAGUACAUGGACCGGACACCCCAAAUCAAGCCUUCGGGAACUUUGGCACCCACAAAUUUAGAAGGACGCAUGGAGCUUAAAGAUGUUUCGUUCUCCUAUGGCAACAAUGGCAACUCUCUAGUGCUGAAGGGGGUGUCUUUUAAGCUGUGUCCUGGUACUGUGACUGCCCUGGUGGGCCCUUCCGGGUGUGGGAAGAGCACGGUGGUGGCCUUGCUCCAAAGGUUUUAUGAGCCCGAACAAGGACAGGUGCUGCUGGACGAUGAGGACCUGAACAAAUAUGAACAUCGCUUCCUGCAUCAAAAGGUAGCGCUGGUGAGCCAAGAUCCCGUACUCUUUGCCCGAUCCUUGGGUGCCAACAUUGCCUACGGCUUGGAAGAGCAAUGUGAAGAGAAGGUGAUCCAGGCUAGUCAGCAAGUAGGAGUCCAUCGCUUCAUCUCCACGAUGAGCCACGGCUACGAUACAAAUGCCGGGGAAGCAGGAAAGCAAAUUUCUGGAGGGCAGAAACAAGGGAUUGCUCUUGCCCGGGCUUUGAUCCGAAACCCCAAAGUGCUGAUUUUGGACGAUGCCACCAGCGCCUUGGACACCGACAGCCAGAAACUGCUGGAGGAAGAAAUCUACAAAGAAGAAACUCGCAGCCGCCGCACCGUUCUCCUGAUCUCCCACCGGCUCCAAAGCGUGAAGCGGGCUAAUCUCAUCCUGGUCAUGGAAGACGGGGAGAUCCGCGAGAGGGGGACCUACGAGGAGUUGGUGGAGAAGGAGGGGCUCUUCUGUCAGCUCCUGCAGAAGCAGCCGAAUGGGGCAGAGGAGGGCAGGAGCAGCAGCCCCAACGGGAACAAUAGGAAUUGAUAACGGGGUGAGAAACAGGCGGGAACGAUCCGGUCUGGAUCCCAAAGCAGCACUUAUCGCUCCCUGCGCGCAUCGUACAGUGGAGAGACAUCUCAGCAACGCAACACUCCUCAUUGAUUGACAGUUUAUCCUUCUGAAAGUUCUAAA